AUGUAUUUUAUUAAAAUAUUAUAAUAUAUAAUAAAUACAAUUAAAUAAUAUAUUAAAAUAAAAAUUAUUAAUAAUUUGAAUUAUAAUAAUUAAUUAAUUAUCAAAUAUUACUUCAAGAAAAUAAAUAAACAAUUUCGUUUUUAUCGCUCAAAAAUUAAUUAAUUAAUUACUAGUAGUACUUAAAUAGCAAAAAAAAUUCUUUUAAAGAUGAAUUACCAAGCUCAUGCAAAGGGUGGGAAUCAAUAAAUACACUCACCUCGCUACCAGUAAUAGUUAACACAGAAAAAAUAACCAGAAUAUAUUCAAUGGAGCAUUGAAACUGCAAAAAAUGAGCAUAUUAAUCAAAAUGCAAAGGUCUUGCCUGCUACUCCAAAGAAGGAAAACUCUAAAAAAAGGAUUGAACAAAGAUCUUAAAGCUAACAACCCUAGAGAUUGUCAUUAUAAAAAGAAAAUUAGAUUAACAAUGCACAGAUAUUAAGUCCAAGUUAAUUAAAUAGUGCCUUAUCAUUGAGAUCACCAUAGUCUUAAGUAUCUACCUAUCAUCAAUCACUACCUUCAAAUCAAAAAAAGAGCAGCAGCUUACAGAGAAAUCACUACUAAGAGAAAAUGGAAAAGGAAUACUAACAAAAAAAUUAUGAUAAUGUAAAGAAAUAUUUAGAUUUAGCGAAAAUAAAUAGAAGAGUUACUGCCAAUGAUGUGAAAAAACUUGCUGCAAACCCUCUUUCAGGCAUUAAUACAAAUUUAAAGCAAGCAUUAACAAUGGAAGGAGUCUACAAAAGAAUUAUUAAAGAAACAGAAUUCAAGUAUUAUGAUCAUACCUCUUAAAUUAAUCUACCGAUCAGUUGUGCUAGAGAAGAAGAACAUCCCCAUGAAAUCUUAAAAUAAAUUACUCCUACUACACGCUCUAUGAAUAAUGGAAAUCAUGCCAGUCAGAUGAAGCAUUACUUAGAUGAUGCAUCACAGAUAAUUAAUUUACCAGGCAGUAUCCAAAGAGUAGUACCUAAUAGUGCGACUUCAAGGGAUAAAUAAGUAGAUAGAUUUUUGUUGCCUUCUGCUUUGUCAGAUGAAAUUGCAAAAGCUAAUCCAAACAUAAGAUAUAUAUAUGAAGAACGUGGUAAAAAACAGUUUGAAGGAUACAAAAACAAUAACUAAUUCCAUGUCUCAGUUUAAUACUUACCUUCCUAUCCUGUGAAUGAAAAACAGCCAAAUUACUUAGCUUAUAAAAAAAAUGCUUCUACUUUGAGGAUAUUUUGA